AAAGUUUGCGGUCAAGGCCGAUGCGCAAGAAUCUGGAACUAUUUGUGAUCAGCUUAAGGUCGGCAUUUAACAUUUAAAAAGUUGUGGAGCAUAUUGCAAUGAUGUAUACAGCACAUAUUCACAAGGAAUUGCUUGUAUUAAUUGUUUUGUUUUAUCUUGGAGCAGUCGAAUUACAUGUUUUAGAAAACCUUGCGCUCAACAAGGAGGCCUAUGAAACACAUGGUGCAACUGCUGGCAGAGCUGUGGACGGGGGACUGUCACAAUAUUACCCUCAUGGUUCGUGCACACACACUUCUAGUGAUGCAAAUAUUUACUGGGAAGUGAACUUAGGCAGCAAGAUUUUUAUCGAUCAUGUGACAAUAUACAACCGGGGAGAUUGCUGUGGUGAGAGACUGAGAGAUGUUGAGCUUUACAUUGGUUAUGGGAAAAACAGUUACAGAUUAUACGGUUUUCAUGAAGAUGUUGUAGGAUCUGUGUACACCUUCGAACUGAAAAACGUAGUGUUCGGACAGUGGGUUCGGAUAACAAGGCUACCGUCUGUUAUUGACUAUUUAACACUUUGCGAGGUUCAAGUGUUUGGAUAUAAUGCAGCUCAGUAUUUCAGAAUCAGUGCAAACCAGGUAGGUGCGGAGAUUCAACGAUCGGUGCCGGCUUUAUCAGCACUACAAUGCGCUUACAUUUGUUUCAAAACAAAUGAAUGCAGGGCAGCAAACUUUGACGAGGAUACGUAUACAUGUGACUUGAUGUCGUCUGCUUCAAAUGAAGAAGAAACAAAUGGAAUGAUGUUGAUCCAUUAUUAACAACAGCCAAGUUCAACAGCUAGAUCUGCCAUGAAUGAGACAAAUGUGUCCAAUAAUUCUUUGAAACAUUUUAAGGAAAAAUCCUAUCCUGGUGCUUAACCUUAGCAAUCGCUUUCCUCCUUACCUUGCAAGAUUUUAUAUCUAGACUUAUAGAUUUUAAUUACCAUUCUGCACAUUUUCAACAACAGUUGUAGUGCGUUUGUUUUUAUUGAUCAAUUCUCUUUUUAGGCCACACCAAAUUAAUUUCUUGGUCAU